CCCGACCAAAUGUCGCCCUAGUCACACACCCAUCAUGACUGCGACGAAAGAACACCUCAUUGCCUCCCCUGCGCCCGCUGCGGACGGGUCCCCUGUGGCCUUUUCCCUGGAGCAGGGAGAGAUCACCGCCACGCUGCCUGUCGGUGCUGCCGUUGCCGCGACGCUGCAGCCCUACCGCGCCAGCUGGCUGGCUUCCUUGACCGACGACAGUUCCUCGCCCAUCACCCUCGUGCUGCAGUUCCUCGGCCACCUCGCCGGCCAGAAGACUCCUGUCCCCGCUGUGCAGGCGGUCUUGCAGGCCUUUGAGUCGCAGUACCUGCAGGGCUCCGACAUCCACACGGCCGUGACGGCCUUGUCCGACCCACUGGGCACCAAAAAGGCUGCCCUCAGCGACUACUAUGCCGCCGUGGCCUAUACCGACAAGCCCUCGUUCAGCCCUCGUAGCGCCUUGUUCCAAUCCGCCCAGGCCGGCGCCUCUCGCGUCACCACCAUCUUCGGAGGCCAGGGCACCGCCAACCCGUCCUGCGUGCGUGAACUGCGCUCGCUGUACACCACCUACCGCUCCAUCCUCACGCAGCUCAUCCAAGAAUGUGGCCCGGUGCUGGCUUCCCUUUCGCAACGGCCCGACACCCAGUCCUACUUCCACGGCCGUUCCAUCGACCUCGACGCCUGGCUCGCCGGCGGGACCCUCAGUGAGGACUUCGUCAGCGCCGCCCCAGUGAGUCUACCUAUCUUGGGUCUAUUCGACCUCGCCCACUAUGCCGUCAUUUGCACCGUCCUGGGCCAGACCCCCGGACAGGUCGCGGCCUCUCUGUACGCCGUCUCCGGUCACUCGCAGGGCAUUGUGAUCGCGGCUGCUGUUGCCCGGGCCGACUCCUGGGCCUCGUUUUACGAGAACGCCCGGCUGGCAGUGGAGCUGUUGUUCUGGAUCGGCUUCGAGAGCCAUCUGGAUGCUCCCAAGCUGUUCAUUGCGCCCGAACUCAUCGCCGAGACCAAGGAGGAAGGCCACGGCAUGCCGUCUCCCAUGCUCUCGGUCCGCGGGCUCGAGCGUCCCGGGCUCGACAAGAUCCUGGCACAGUGCAACCAGGUACUCCCCCAGGACCGCCAGCUGCAUGUGGCCCUCAUCAACGCCCGCACCAACCACAUCGUGGCCGGCCCGGCGGCGUCGCUCUGCGGUCUCAGUCAGAUUCUGGCUGAGCUGCAGGCGGCCGGCGAGAAGGAUCAGACGCGCAUCCCCUUCAGCCAGCGCAAGCCCGUCGUCUCCCACUCCUUCCUCCCCAUCAGCACCCCCUUCCACACUCCCUACCUGCAGGCAGCCUCUCAGCGCAUCAAGGCGCGUCUGGCCAGCCACACCUUCACCGCGGAGCAGCUGCAGGUGCCCGUCCUGCACACAGCCACGGGCGCGGAUCUGCGCGCCAACCCUCAGGCCAACGUCAUCGAUGCCCUUGUGGACGCCAUCACCACCGAGCCGGUUGACUUCCCCGUGCUCCUGGCCGAUGCGGCCACCUCCCACUAUAUUGUUCUCGGGGCGGGACGGCUCAGCGAGCUGGUCAAGCAGAUUCGUCAGGGCUACGGCCAGCAGAUCAUCGCGGGCAGCGAGAUCAAGCCCUCGAGUGCUGAAGUCUCCGGCCAGGCUGAUCUGUUUGCCGCCACCCUGCGCCCGGCUCAGCCCUCAUGGGCAGAGGCCUACCAGCCCCGUCUGGUGCAGACGGCCAACGGCCGGCUCAUCCUCGACACAAAGCUCAGUCGUCUGUUACAGGUCCCUCCAAUCAUCACUGCGGGCAUGACCCCGACCACCGUGCCGUGGGACCUCGUGGCCGCCGUCAUGAACGCCGGCUACUUUAUCGAGCUGGCGGGAGGUGGCUACCACACCGAGGACGAGAUGCGCAUCGCCAUCGAGAAGAUCGCCGCCAGCAUCCCCGCGGGUCGCGGCAUCACCUGCAACCUCAUCUAUGUCAACCCCAAGGCCAUUGCCUGGCAGACCCGGCUCAUCAAGAAGCUCAUCCGGAAGGGCGUGCCCAUCGACGGCCUCACCAUCGGAGCCGGUGUGCCCUCGCUCGAGGUCGCCCGCGAGUACAUCGACGACCUCGGCAUCAAGCACAUCUCCUUCAAGCCGGGAUCCGUCGAUGCCAUCCAGGCUGUGCUGCAGAUUGCGGAUGACCGCCCGACGUUCCCCAUCGGUCUGCAGUGGACGGGUGGUCGCGGUGGUGGCCAUCACUCGUACGAGGACUUCCACGCACCCAUCCUGGCCGCCUACUCGGAGAUCCGCAAGCGCGACAACAUCCACCUCAUCGCCGGCAGUGGCUUCGGCGGGGGCGAAGACACCUAUCCCUACCUGUCCGGGCAGUGGUCUGUGGCCCGCGGAUAUCCCGCCAUGCCCUUUGACGGCAUCCUGCUGGGCAGUCGCAUGAUGCUCUGCCGUGAGGCCCACACCAGCCCGGCCGUGAAGCAGCUCAUCGCCAACACGCCCGGCGUGCCCGACGAGGAUUGGGAGAAGAGUUACAAGGGCAGCGCCGGCGGGAUCAUCACGGUGCGGUCCGAAAUGGGCCAGCCCAUCCACAAGCUGGCGACGCGCGGAGUCCGGCUGUGGGCCGACUUUGACCAGACCCUGUUCAAGCACCCCCGGCCCAAGAUGGUCGAGGAACUGGCCAAGCGAAAGACGGAGAUCAUCACCCGCUUGAACAAGGACUACGCCAAACCCUGGUUCGGCCAGGAUGCCAAGGGCCAGCCGGCCGAUCUGGCGGAUAUGACCUACGCCGGGGUGUUGACGCGUCUGGUCGAGCUGAUGUAUGUGUCCCACCAGCAGCGCUGGAUCCAUCCCUCUUACCAGCGUCUGGCCUCGGACUUUGCCCUGCGCACCCUCGAACGGGUGGCCCCGGAGGUGGACCUGGAUCUGGCUCUGCUGGCCACCCCCAAGGUCUUCCUGCAGACGCUGGGCUUUAAGGCUUCCGUCGCGACCUCGCAACGCUUGCAUCCCGAUGAUGCCGCGUUCUUCCUCCGUCGCUGUCAGGCGCGCGGCCAGAAGCCCGUGCCCUUCGUGCCGGCGCUGGACGAGAAUUUCGAGACCUGGUUCAAGAAAGACUCGCUGUGGCAGUCCGAGGACAUUGAGGCCGUGGUGGGCCAGGAUCCCGAGCGGGUUUGUAUCCUGCAUGGCCCUGUGGCGGUUCGCUAUGCCGGCACCAAGGACGAAUCGGCGCAGGAGAUCCUCGACGGCAUCGCCGCCUUCCACACCCACUCGGCCCUGCAGGACUUCUACCAGGGUGAUUUGCAGAAGGUGCCCCAAGUCGCCGUGGCGACCGCCACGUCUCCGCUGGCCGACAACGCGGCCGUCACGCAGACCUUCCAUGCCCAGGAGGAGGUGAGCUCAUUGGACCUGCUCACAGCCAGCUCCUUUGGCUGGGUGCGCGAUCUGCUCGAGACUCCCACCAUCAUCCGCUCUGGCAUCCGCAAGAAGAACCCCUUCCGGGACAUCCUGGCUGUCAAGCCGGGCCAGAAACUGGUGGUCGACCACGCCGAGCAGCGCGUCGUCCUGUGCGAGAGCAGUACCGAGCAUGCAGUGGUCAGCAUUCACUACGACGCCAGCACCAAGCACAUCGCCGUGGACCUGCAUCAGCCCGGGGGAUUCACGGCCGCCCCCGCCGUGCUGGCUCUCAAGUACAAGGCGCUCUCUUCCGGACUGUCCCCGGCCCUGGAGGAACUCGUCGACGGACGCAACGACCGCAUCAAGGACUUCUACCGCAACCUGUGGCUCGGCGAUGGCGCGAAUGCCACCCAGGACAUCCACGCCACCUUCCAGGGCCCCAAGGUGACUCUCACCAGCGCCCUCCUCGCCGACAUGUACCAGACCCUGGGUCUCACCCCCACGGGCAUCCGCCCCACAGCCCUCCCCAUGGACAUUGCCAUUGUGAUUGCCUGGGAGCCGCUGGUCGAGCCGCUCAUCUGCACCGGCGUCGAUGGUGAUCUCCUUCGUCUGGUGCACCUCUCCAACGACAUCGAGUAUGUGCCCUCCGCCGAGCCGUUCCAGAUCGGAGAUGUGCUGCGCUCCAGCUCCCAGAUCCAGGCCAUUGUCAUCGAGCCCACCGGCAAGUCCAUCGUGGUCAAGGCCACCAUCGAGCGCGCCGGCGAGCCCAUCGCGUAUGUCACGGCCAACUUCUUCAUGCGCGGCACCUACACCGACUAUGCCUCGUGCUUCGAGCGCAUCACCGAGCCCGUAACCCAGCUUGAAGUGGCCAACCCCGUCGACGAAGCCCUGCUCCAGUCGCGCCCGUGGCUCCAGCUCGACGACGCCGAGACCAAGCUGGUCGGCAAGACCCUGUGCUUCCAGCUGGAGACAUACAACGAGUGGAAGGACCAGACCACCUUCAAAACGCUGCAGACCAGCGGCACCGUGUCCCUGCUGUCAUGGAACGGCAAGCAGACGCCCAUCGGUCGCGUUUCGUUCAACGCCCAGGACUGCAAGGCCAACCCGGUGUCGGACUUCCUGCGUCGUCGCGGUCAGCCUCUGGUGGCCCGCAAGACCCUCGACGUCGCCAUGGAGCUGAACCAGACCUCGGAGAGCGUCCAGAUCCCCGUCACCAACACGGCCUACAGCACCUUCUCCAAGGACUUCAACCCCAUCCAUAUCUCCUCCGUGUUUGCCCAGUACGUCGAACUACCCGGCACCAUCACCCACGGCAUGUACACCUCCGCUGUGGUGCGCGCCGUGGCCGAACGCUGCGCCGCCCAGGGCGACAUCACCCGCUUCCGCAGCUGGGCCUGCUCCUUCGUCGGCAUGGUGCUCCCCAACGACCAGCUGGAGGUGCGCGUCCAGCACGUCGCCAUGAUCGAGGGUCGGUUGGUGUUGAAGAUCACCGCCGUCAAGGCCGGCACCGACGAGGCUGUCAUCCAGGCCGAGGCUGAGGUCGAUCAACCGUCGACAGUGUACGUCUUCACCGGCCAGGGCAGUCAGUCUCCUGGCAUGGGCCAGAGCCUGUACAAGUCCAGCGCGGCUGCCCGGGCCAUCUGGGAUGCAGCAGACAAGUUCUUCGUCGAGACUUAUGGAUGGUCCGUCCUCGAGCUCGUCCGCCAGAACCCUACAGCCCUCACGGUGCACUUCCGAGGCAAACGCGGUCGCCAGAUCAAGGCCAACUACAUGGCCAUGACCAUUGACGCAUACCGUCCGGACGGCACGGUGGUCAAGGAGCCCAUCCUGCCCGAACUGACCCCGACCUCCACCUCAUACACCUUUGCUGACCCCCGCGGAUUGGUCUUCUCGACGCAGUUCGCCCAGCCCUUGGUGCUGCUGCUGGAGCGCGCCGCCGUGGAGGACCUCCGUCACCGGGGCGUCGUGCAACAGGAUGCCGCGUUUGCCGGUCACUCGCUGGGCGAGUACGGCGCGUUGGCGUCGUUUGGCGAGUUCAUGCCCUUCACGGAUCUGCUGCGCGUGGUGUUCUACCGUGGAUUGGCGAUGCAGGUGGCCAUUGAGCGUGAUGACCAGGGCCGUACGAACUUUUCCAUGGCGGCUGUCAACCCGGCUCGUGUGGGUAAAUUCUUCUCAGAAAAGGCCCUGCGCCAGAUUGUAUCCCAGAUCGCCACCUCGACGAACGCCCUGCUGGAAAUUGUCAACUUCAACGUCGAGGGCGAGCAGUAUGUGUGUGCCGGAACGCUCGAAAACCUGCACGCCCUAGCCGCCAUCACCGACACCAUUGCCCGAUCUCCAACCGGAGCUGCUCUGGCGCGCGAAUUCACCGACGCACCUGCCGGCGACAACGCCGAUUUGGAAUCAACCAAGUUAGUUCAGCGAUGCAUCUCGGCGGCGCGUCAACUGCCCACCCCCGUGGCACUGAAACGCAGUCUGGCUACGAUCCCGCUGCAGGGUAUCGAUGUGCCGUUCCAUUCGGCGCAUCUGCGUCCGGGAGUCGCGUCGUAUCGCAAUUUCCUGGAGGAGCGGAUUCCCAAGACGGAGGUGGAUCCGUUGAAGUUGGUGGGCAAGUGGAUUCCUAACGUCAUGGGGACGCCGUUCUCGUUGAGUCGCGAGUAUAUUGAGGGGGUGUAUGGGUUGACGCAGAGUCCGAUUUUGGGGGAGGUGUUGGCUACAUAGGUAGUCUGGAGUGGUUGAUCGAUCCAUCGGGAGUGAGAUGAGAUGACAUGUGUAUAUGAUAGAUUGUUUGAUGAUUUAUUUGUGUGCUUUUCUUGGUCGCUGAUUUGCGUGUUGUGUUGUCUUGAUUUGUCUUCUUUGUAUUGUUUGUCAUGGGCAGGGCAUAGUUGCCUGAUUUGGAUAUGGGUGAUAGUUAUUAUAUCAAUACAGUGAACUUCUGAUACC